GAGGAGAGCUAGGUCCGGGGAGGAGGGCCGCCGCCAUUAUCGGAAAGCUGGCAGAAAUACCACUUUCACACACGCAAUCUGCUCACAAAUUGACCAGGACAUGAACAAUUUCUGUAGCAGUAGAAGCAUAUUUGAGACGAAACACAACGGCGAUUGCAACAAACUCACCGUUGUCUCGUGUGCGCCACCGGCCCAGCAUUAUGUGGGCACAACAAUGGACAGAAUAAUUAUUGAAAAAGCAACGUGGUGAACCGAGGAAGAAGACGGCUAAGCAGGUUUAAAACGCUUGAAUUUCCCACGAGGAGAGACCCUCUAAAGAGCAAAAUUGGACAGUUUUAUCAUCUGGGAUAUUUAUUUCUUCAUUCCCCGUGUUUAAUUGCAAAGAAAACAGCGAUGCUGAACAGGAGAAUCCCGGCAUGGACAAUGGAUAUUUAAAUCAAAUAACCUCCUUGCAACUGUAUUAUCAGUAUUAUCUGUGAAUUGAGACGAUCUAUUGUGUGUUCUGCGGCUUUAUGCUACUGCACAUCAGGCGGCGAGGGCUGCGGCAAGAGCUGGCCUGACAGAUGCAAGAGGAGAAAGGGAGAAAUGCGAUGGAUCUGAGUCAUACAAAGGAUUAAAUGAAGGAACUCUACUCAUAAAACUGCACUGCUAUUUAUUAAACUGAAGACCGGCAGAAGAAAGUGAAAUCUGAUCUUCCCUGUGGAUCAGCAGCUUUAUGGACAAACAUUCAAGUAAUCUCAUUUGCAUAGUGCCUGUUUAUGGCAGGAUGAGCUUCAGCAGGCUAUGAUGGCAAAAAAGCAAGAUGCUCGAUCGCCCAUUUACAACCUUGUUGUGGUGGGGUUGUCAGGAACUGAGAAAGAGAAGGGGCAAUGUGGAGUUGGAAAGUCUUGCUUGUGUAAUCGGUAUGUGCGGCCCAGUGCUGACGACUUCUACCUGGAUCACACAUCAGUGUUAAGUACCAGUGACUUUGGGGGUCGAGUGGUUAAUAAUGAUCACUUUCUGUUUUGGGGAGAGGUGUCACGGGUUUUGGAGGAGGGGCCUGAGUGCAGGAUGCAUGUUGUGGAGCAAACUGAAUUUAUUGAUGACCAGACAUUUCAGCCACAUCGUAGCACUGCUAUGCAGCCCUAUAUUAAACGGGCAGCUGCAACAAAGCUGGCCUCCGCAGAGAAGCUCAUGUACUUCUGUACAGAUCAGCUGGGCCUGGAGCAAGACUUUGAGCAGAAACAAAUGCCCGAGGGCAAGUUGCAGGUUGAUGGCUUCCUGCUUUGUGUUGAUGUCAGCCGGGGCAUGAACCGCAACUUUGAUGACCAGCUGAAAUUUGUCACAAAUCUGUACGGUCAGCUUAGCAAGACCAAGAAGCCAAUUGUUCUGGUCCUCACCAAAUGUGAUGAAGGAGUGGAACGCUACAUCAAAGAUGCGCAUACAUUUGCCAUCACAAAAAAGAGUCUGCCUGUAGUUGAGACAUCUGCACGUUCAAAUAUAAACGUGGACCUUGCCUUUCUCACAUUGGUUCAGCUUAUUGAUAAGAGCAGGGGGAAGCCCAAGAUCAUUCCCUAUUUUGAAGCCCUUAAACUCCAGAGUCAGCAGAUAGCUUCAGCCAAGGAUCGCUAUGAAUGGCUAAUCAACCGUAUAGUAAAGAAUCACAAUGAAACCUGGAUAAACACCAGUCGACGCAUGAACACCUCCCCAGAAUACAAAGAAUAUGUUUUCCUGGAGGGAACAGCAAAAUGCAAGAAGCUUUUUCAACAGCAUGUCUACCGUCUGAAGCAGGAACAUAUUGAAAGGCGUCGCAAAAUAUACCUAAGCACUCUUCCCCUAGCACUUAGUUCUCUGGUGCCUGACCUGGAUGAGAUAGAUCAGCUGAGCUGGUCUGGGGUACAGAAGGUCCUGGAGUCUAAGCAGCACUUUGCCCACUGGUUUGUUGUUCUGGAAGACUCGCCAUGGGAAGAUACAUCUCACAUUGAUAACAUGGAAGAUGAGAGAAUCCCUUCAGAUCUACUGGAAACUGAUGAAGCAGAGGAUAUAUUCAAUGCCCACUUGGAACAUCUGCGCAAUGAAUGCAGACGGGCAGAGAUGAGGCUGGAGUUUAAACAAAAAUUAGCCUCCUCCCCCUUUGUCACACCAGGUAAACCAUGGGAGGAGGCCCGCAGCUUUAUCAUGAAUGAAGAGUUUUACCAGUGGCUUGAGGAGCCAGAGUACUUGGACCUGUACAACCGCCAUCAGAAGGACAUCAUUGACCGUGCUAAGGAAGAUUUUCAGGAGCUCUUACUGGAGUACUCAGAGCUUUUUUAUGAGCUUGAGGUUGAUGCCAAGCCAAGCAAAGAGAAAAUGGGCGCAAUCCAGGAGGUUUUAGGGGAAGAACAGCGAUUCAAAGCACUACAGAAGCUACCAGCUGAAAGAGAUGCUUUGGUAUUGAAACAUAUCCACUUUGUCUAUCACCCUACCAAGGAAACCUGCCCUAGCAGUCCUCACUGUGGAGACUCCAAGAUUGAACAGAUCUUAGCUUCACGUUUCCCCACAUGUUACCCCUUUUUUGAUUUGAAAGCUCAUUUUGGAGACAACAAAGCUGACAGGAUUAACCUUGUCAUUCUAGGGAAGGAUGGACUGGCCAGAGAAUUUGCCAACGAGAUUAGAGCACUCUGCACAAAUGACGACUGGUACGUGUUGGACGGGAAGAUGUAUGAACUGACACUUCGGCCAAUUGAAGGAAAUGUACGCCUUCCAGUAAAUUCUUUCCACACCCCCACUUUCACCCCUCAUGGAUGCUUGUGUCUGUAUAACUCAAAAGAGUCUCUUUCCUAUGUGGUCGAAAGCCUUGAGCGACUUAGGGAAUCAACUCUGGGACGAAGGGAUAGCCAACUGGCACAACUGCCAACAUCUCUUCUCUUGGUCACUAAACGGGGUGUAGGGUCAUAUGUGGACAUAGGUGGAGAAACUGCCUUAAACCUUAUAACACAGGGACAGCAAGUUGCAAGGAGACUACAGUGUAGCUUUUUAGACCCAGCCUCCCCUGGUGUGGGCUAUGGUCAUAAUGUCAAUGAGACUCAAAUCAACCAGGUGCUGAGAGGCCUUCUGGAUAUUAGAAGGAGCACAUCUUUUAGUAGCAGCUCUCCUCCCCUCAUCCCUGAGCCUUCAAGUCUAAGAGACUCUCCCCAUCAACCAGCCCCUGAGGCAGACCUUCGCAUAGUUAUGUGCUUAAUGUGUGGAGACUCUUAUGACAUUGAGCAGCUCUUGUCCCCUUUCCUUAUACAUCAGCAUUGCAGGCCCAUGUCCAAUAGUGGCACCUCCGUAUUGCUGGAACAGACAGUUGGUGGACACAAGCUGGCGAUAGAGCUCUCACUGCUCUCAUACCACGCCUCCUUCACUUUGCGGAAGAGCAGGCUAGUACAUGGCUACAUUGCUGUGUACUCCGUCUCACGAAAAGCCUCACUGGAGACCCUUUGUGCCUUCUUAUGUGAGGUUCAGGACAUCAUCCCAGUUCAGCUGUUGGCAGUGGGAGAUAGCCAAGCAGAGCUCACUGACAGCGACUACGCUUGUGAACAGCUGAUUCAAGGGGAAGAGCUUGCCCACGAGAUUGAAGGUCGUUUCAAUAGUGUGGUCUGUGGAUCUGGGGGAGUGGUUGGAGGCCUGCACAGGAUAGAAAUGUUCCAUUCUUUCUUGAUGGAGGUGGUCGAGAAACGCAACAUUGUUGAGGCCACGCACAUGUAUGAUAAUGUUGCUGAAGCAUGCACCAAUGAAAAUGUGUACUCCCCACGCUGCAGUUCUCCCAGUCCUGUCACCAUGUUUCUGGAUUCAGAAGACGAUGUAGAGCCAUCCCCACCAUACUAUGACGGCACACUUUCUUCUCACAGUGGGGGCUACAACUUGCCUGACUUAGAUUCUAGUGACAUCUCUGUCAUUUCUGAUAUCAGAGACUUUGAAAACAAACUUAACAACAAAGUACCCCCUCAAGUGAGAGUGAAACCUGGCGUCACUUUCGACUUUCGAAAGGUGAGCCGCAAUCCAUAUAUCGAUACAUUAGGCCAUCGUCGCUCACUGCCCUCUGCUGUCACCUGGGUUCCUGGUGGAGAUGUGGGAUAUGAUCCCUCAGACUAUGCCGAACCCAUUGAUGCUGUUUCAAAACCCCGCCCAAGCAACGAAGAGAUCAUCUACUCAGUUCCACAUGACAGUACGCAAGGCAAAAUCAUCACCAUUCGCAACUCCAACAGGAUGCACUCUAAUGGAAAUGGCUCAGACAGUGAAGCAGACAGCAGCUCUCUGGAGAGAAGGAGGAAGUUUUCAGCAGCAGGGGUAAAGCCUCGUCUUUACCGCGACCGCUCCAAGCGGCUUGGCAAAUUCAGCAGUUUCCGCACAAGCUUUAUAGGCAGCGACGAUGAGAUGGGUGCUCUUCAGAAGUCCAAGGACGAUGACUAUGGGACACUGAAAGGUGAAAGUCUUGUGAAUGAGGAGAGUGAAGACCCAAAAAAGAGGAAUAUCCUGAAGAGCCUGAGACGAACGGCCAAGAAAACAAGACCAAAGCCCCGUCCAACUAUUCCCAAGCCCAUGGAGAGUAAUUACUUUGGAGUCCCCCUUGUGAAUGUGGUAUCCCCAGACAGACCUAUCCCACUCUUCAUCGAGAAGUGUGUCCGCUUCAUUGAGACUACAGGCCUGAAUACAGAGGGGUUGUACCGCGUGAGCGGCAACAAGUCAGAGAUGGAAAGCAUGCAGAGGCAGUUUGAGCAGGACCACGGAUUAGACCUAGUGGAGAAAGACUUCUCCAUAAACACUGUGGCUGGAGCCCUCAAAAGCUUCUUCUCUGAGCUGCCGGAGCCCCUGGUGCCUUGUGCUCUGCAGGUGGACCUACUGGAUGCUUUCAAAAUCAAUGACAGAGAACAGAGGCUGUAUACCAUGAAGGAUGUCCUGAGGAGGUUCCCCAGGGAGAAUUAUGAUGUCUUCAAAUAUGUAAUGAGCCACUUACACAAGGUGAGCCAGCUGAACAGGGUGAACUUGAUGACCAGUGAAAACUUGUCCAUCUGUUUCUGGCCCACUCUCAUGAGGCCAGACUUCACCACUAUGGACGCUCUGACUGCCACACGCACCUACCAGACAAUCAUCGAGACCUUCAUCCACCAGUGUGCAUUCUUCUUCUACAACCAGCCCCUCCUUGAUUCCCCCACUGGCCUGGCGGGUCUCCCUGCCUCGCCCACCACCACCCUCAGCGGGAGUUCUGCUUACUCUUGUUACCGCUCCUCCCCUCCCCACACCACCGCACACUUCAGCCCUCUGCAGCAGUCCCCGCCCACCACCCCCCAGUCUCCCCUGCAGUCUCUGCUCCCUCCCCUCCACCAGCACCCCCACUCCCACCACUCGCCUGCCGAACAAGAGACACUGUGAGAGACGGUGAAACCAAGUGUGCCCAUGAUGAUGCUGGACCUUAUCACCAACACACGCACACAAACAUAUACUCACACGCAACACAAAAUGUGCACUUGCACACUACAUUUCUGAUCAUGGACAACCUAGAUUAUGAAAAGAAGAAAUGGGAAGUGUCUUGAGAAACCUCCCUAACCUGCCAUUUGUAUCCAUAUGUGCGUGGGCUUCUAUUAUCAGUGACUCUUCCUCUGCCCUCUGAGCCUCUGAUUGCCUGGAAUCUGACUUCAGCUCACAAGUUGAGGACAGAGGUUGCUGUCACAGCGAGCCUCUCUUCUGUCAAAAACCACCGCUUAUCCAACACUGCAAAGAAAAAGAAACAUUGAUGCCAAGCUGGAAGAAAUGGUUUGUGGCCACCAUGUUUUUAUCCGCAUAAAACUGUUUUAGUUUUUUUCUCAUAAAAGUACUGCCACUGGAUUUUUUUAGACUGUUCCUCUGUAGGUCAGCAGGUUGCCCUGUCUGCCACUGGGGUUUCUCUCAUUGGCUCUACAUGAAGGGUCAGCAUGGGGAGGGAAAGGAAGUGUGGGAGGGGGGUUACACAUCCAGGGAUGCACUUUAACGAUCACUGUUGUUUUGCCCUAAAAAGGGUUAGUUUUUGUUGUUGACAUACUGUUUUCUUGUGUGUUUUUAAUUUCACAGCUCAGACAGCCAUACCCAUUGCCUCUACAGAGCUCUGGCAGAUCAAACUUUGUUUACAUCAAAUCUUUUUUUUUGUAUCCGCAAACUUAUCUGAAGCACUUUUUGAUAGUGUAGUGUUUAAUUAGAAGAAAUGCCACAUGACGAAUUGUCCAUAAUGUUUGUUUAGUGGUUGAGUGUGGCAUAAUGUGCAGGCUUGUGAAACAAGAUCCUUUUGUAAAAACUUACGUUGUUGAAGUUGAUCCAGGGGUCCCAUAUUAGGUCGAUGGGAAAUCUGAAUCUACUGACAUUCCUCAUUCAUCCAGCCAUGUGAAGGUAGUUUCUUUUAGAGUUUUUCCUCUUUCUAGAUCUUGGUUGAUCAGAGUGGAUGUUUAGGGAAGUUUGGGUUUUUUAGACCAUUACAAUAUCAGAGGACUUUGCCUGCCACAGGUCAAGUGAAGGAGAAAAUUUGCCAUUUUUGAAUGUGUAACCUUGUCAAACCAUAACACAACUCUGCAUUGCCAUCCUGUGUCCAUUGAAUCCAGUCGCUUGAAACUUGAUAGGUUGCUAGAUGUGAUGCUGUGGCUAUCUAUCAAACCAAGCUCUUUGUGUUCAUCUAAUAUUAAGGACCUUUAACUCAGAAGGUUUAGUAUUCUUAACGCACUGUUACUGCUAGUCCUGCUAUACAAUACAAAGACAAGUAGAAGUUUAAUGUUUGUGAAUUGGGCACAUUCAGGAAGCACCUACGGCUGUUUACCUGCUCUUGUGAAUUAGUUUUGUGCUAGCUCAUUGUCCUCCCUUUUCAUGGAAAACAAGCAGCACAUUUUCAGUGGUAGCACUGCUGAUGAAGACCCAAUCAUUUUAAACAUUAAACCCGAGAGAAGGCAAGUCUGUUAAUUGGGAGAAGAGUAAAAAAAAUGUCCACUAGGCAUAGAGGCUCUGGAUGAUUGUGGCUCUGUUACAGUUCUUGGGUGCAAAAAAGACUGGACAAGUUCGUUUGUUGUAGUCGUAAAUGGGAUCAUGCUUUACUGGUACUUUUGGAAUCCUGUUUGAAGUCAGUCAUUUAAAGUGUCCAUAAGACUAACCCGAGGGCUCCUCUCGUCAAGAUCAGAGCUAAAAGCUGUAAAAUUAAGACUUGCACAGGUUUAACUACGCAACAAUAUCACAAUUCCUGGGAGAAGAUAAUCUUACUGCAACACUUGACUUCUGACGCAACCUUGGCAAAUCAGCUGUUCAAUGAGCAAAAAGUGGGUGCAUACUACUCUAUAAUGGUUGUUUAUUUGUAUGUUGGGGAACACCACCCUUUAGUCAAUGGUAGAAAACAUUUCUAGUGUGUAUUUCAAUGAUUGAGGGUCCAUUUUUACGAUUUUUGUGAAUGGUUCAAGGCCACUUAAGUUUAGUGCAUGAUUUAAAAAACACACAAAGGGAGAUGGAUAAAAGCCUCUUCCUGUUUUAAAACAUGAAAUUAGUGCAAGAAAACAAAACAAUUGCUAAAGUGAAAUAGCUGAAAUGUGAAAGUUUAUGUACUGUGCACCAAGAGCAAACCAUGGAAUUUGUUUGACUGAGAAAAGUGUUUGAAGAUGAAGGCCUUAUGUGAACUGUAUAAUAGUUAAUAAAUUAAAUCUUGUAAAAUUGA